CCGGUUCAAAUUGAUUGAUACAUUAGUUGUCCGUCGCGCAGAAAUACUGGUGUGGUGGUUCCGUUAACGAGCAACGGCGAUGAAGAGACCUCGAGCUACAUCACCGCCGUCGAUCUCUACCACCGUGAAACCACCACUGUCUCCGCCGGUCACACCGAUUCUCAAACAGAAGCUACACAGAACAGGAACAACACCUAAAUGGUUCUCGUUAAAACUAACCCACACAGAGCUCACUCUACCGUUAACUUUUCCGACGGGUCAAACAUUCCGGUGGAAGCAAACUGGAGCGAUUCAGUAUAGCGGAGCGAUUGGGCCUCAUCUCGUCUCUCUUCGACAACGUCCAGGAGAUGACACUGUUUCCUAUUGCGUCCAUUGCAGCACUAGCCCUAAAUUAGCGGAGCUUGCGUUGCUUGAUUUUCUCAAUGCUGAGAUCUCGUUAGCUGAGCUAUGGUCUGAUUUCUCGAAAAAGGAUCCUCGUUUCGGAGAAUUAGCGAAGCAUCUCCGUGGCGCUCGUGUGUUGAGGCAGGAUCCGCUCGAGUGCUUGAUACAGUUUUUGUGCUCAUCGAACAAUAACAUUGGAAGGAUUACGAAGAUGGUUGAUUUUGUUUCGUCUUUAGGGUUACAUUUGGGUGACAUUGAUGGAUUUGAGUUUCAUCAGUUCCCAUCAUUGGAUCGGUUAUCUAGGGUUUCUGAAGCAGAGUUUAGGAAGGCUGGUUUUGGUUACAGAGCCAAAUACAUAACAGGUACAGUGAAUGCUUUGCAAUCAAAGCCAGGUGGUGGCGAUGAAUGGCUUCUUUCUCUACGCAAAUUAGAUCUCCAAGAGGCAGUUUCUGCUCUGUGUACAUUACCUGGUGUUGGUCCAAAGGUAGCAGCUUGCAUAGCUCUGUUUUCUCUUGAUCAGCAUAGUGCUAUUCCCGUUGACACACAUGUCUGGCAGAUCGCAACAAAUUAUCUACUGCCAGACCUUGCUGGUGCAAAACUGACACCUAAACUCCACUGCAGAGUGGCAGAAGCAUUUGUAAGUAAAUAUGGUGAAUAUGCUGGUUGGGCUCAAACAUUGCUUUUCAUUGCGGAGUUACCUGCACAAAAAACUCUCUUGCAAUCGUUUUCCCAGCCCAUUAGCAAAUUGGAUAAUUCUACGGAAGAUAAUGAAACGAGCUGUGACACGACGAAGCCAUGACUAUGCUGUCUACCUAAGCCACCAUGAAUCGUUUAGUCCAGAAAGUUGAACUUGGAAGAGCUAAGGACUGACCGAAAUUCUGAGGCGGGUGCAAUAUUUGGCUCCCUGUUUAGUGUUGGUGUACUAGCGUAGUUGUUUCUUAUAAUCAUUAUUUACUAGAGAACCAAAUCUUGAUUUGUACUUGUAGCUUUUCAUUCAAACUUCUAAUUGUUUGUUCCCUUUGCAAUUCUCUGUUAUCACAAUGACUUUCAUUUGUAAA